UGCUGACAACAAUGAGAAUUCAGGGUUUUCUAGUUCUAUUUUCAGUCUUCUUGCUUCUACCAUCUGAAGCAGUUGCAGCAACACUUGGAAUCUGCUAUGGCCAUGUGGCCAACAACCUCCCAGCAACCUCUGAAGUGAUCAACAUUCUCAAAUCCAACGGCAUUUCGGAUGUCCGAAUCUUUGACGCUGAUCCAGUUACUUUACAGUCCUUCUCAGGAACUGGAAUCAAUCUCAUGAUUGGUGUCCCUAAUGAAAUGCUCCCUUCCCUUGCCUCAGGCACCCCUAUCUUUGCACUCCAAUGGCUCCAAACCAACAUACUCGCUCAUAUUUUCCCGAGCCAAAUACGAUAUAUUGCAGUUGGAAAUGAGGUCUUCCUCAAAGAUCCUUUCUACGCUCCCUAUGUAGUACCCGCCAUCGUUAAUCUUUACCAAGCUCUUCAAACACUAAACCUUGAUAGCACCAUCAAGCUAUCCUCACCCCAAGCAGCAUCUGUGCUCUCCAUUUCAUACCCUCCAUCUCUCGGAACAUUUGAUCCUUCUAUUCGAUCUGUUUUGCUUCCUUUGCUAAGAUUCUUGUAUGAGACCAAGUCACCCUUCAUGGUCAAUGUGUAUCCAUACUUCAGCUACAUAAGCAGUUUGAAGCAUGUAUCAUUGGACUAUGCGUUAUUUAGAAGCCAAAACGUGGUUCAAGACGGUAUGUUGAUGUAUGGCAAUCUUUUCGAGGCAAGCAUUGAUGCAUUUCUCUACGCAAUUGAGAAAGAAGGGUUUGCGGAAGUGCCGGUGGUCGUCUCAGAGACAGGGUGGCCUAAGGGCGGAGGUGUGGCGGCGAGUGCGGAAAAUGCAUUGGCUUUCAAUGAGAAUGUGGUGAGAAGAGUGGUGAGUAAUGUUGGGACACCAAAGAGGCCUGGGGUAGGCAUGGAGGUUUACUUGUUUGAUCUUUUUGAUGAGAAUGGGAAGGGUGGAGACGAGUGUGAGAAGCAUUUUGGGAUUUUUGGACCUGAUGGGAUCAAGGCGUAUGACCUUAGAUUUAAUUGA